UGUGUAGAUGUUAUUGUAAUUAUGACUUAGUGUUACAUUUGGGUGGCUAAAUAUGCGGAACAUUCUUCUCAUAGAUUUACCGGGAUGUCUGCACAUCGACUGCCUUGCUGGUAUCCUGGUUAGAUUUGACGAAAAUGUUGGGAUAACAGCUCACCAUCAAAGCCAAGACCACAGCUAUGCACACGCAUCUGGCCUUGAAGAGGAUGUGCAAAUUCCUCCCAAUCUCAAUGAUGUGUGGCCUGUGUGUGGAAAUCCACGUGCUGCGGUCAUUGUUACGGAUCAAUCAUUUGCCGUCAUUGACAUCGUGGGCAAUGGGUUGAAGUGUUUGACAUGCAGGAGGGGCGAUUGUCAGCACAUCAGUAAGAUCAAGGAUAUUCUUGAGCAAGUGACAGAUUUGCCGGUCUUCUUAUUGGAGAUGUCUGCUCUUUUGGAGUCAACUUCUCUUAAAAGGAAAGCAGGAGCAGGAUCAGUGGCUUCCUGGAAGCGCAUUCCCUUUCAGCUUGAGAGCAUUCAUCUACAAGACAUGGUUGCCAAACCUGUUAUGCAACGGGGUUGUACAGUCAAUGGCAAUCUUCACCUGAUUCCCACACCAGGUGGUAUGUGCGCAUGCUGUCACGCAUCAUGGAGUAAUGACAUCUACCUGAAGGGUGAAUAUCCUGUUUUCACUCUACAGUCAAUUCAUCGAGCAUCAGUUUUCUUCAGGAAGUGCAGCAAUGAGAUGUGUGACUCUGAACUUCAAUAUGAUGGCUUGUCUGACUGCCUAUUCAACAUGACAACCUACUUGAUUGACCACUCCGUCCUGAGACAGUACAUGUACCAGUUUCUGUAUGGAAGAUCACCCAUGUUUGGAUUUUACAGUGUUUGGGUGCAAAUGCAGAAUGAUGCUGGACAUAGCUCUUUUGCAUCACAACUGCACUACAACAAGUUUGUAUGGGCAUGGUAUGGGUUCCUGCGUCUGCUGGACAUCGAUUACCACGAGCAGUUUAUCUGCAGGGAACAAACGUGUGGCGCACAGCCAGAUAUAAUCAUCUGUGAUGCUACCCACCUUUCCCUUCGCAAGGACCUAUCGCUGUGGAAGGACAAUGUGCCGAAGGCUACCAAAGAAGCAAAACAGUCGUCAAGCAGUGUUUACAGAAAAAGCAUCUUUCUGGUUGACACCCAAACAAGGAAGUUGUUAAAGAAGUUUGCCCGAUCGUCAGAGGCACAUCCGUUUCCUCCCAAUGACUUCCUGAUGCUUAUUGAUGGAUGCAAGGAACAUCAAGGCAGCCUACUCCCUUUUCUGAAUGAGCUGGGUUCAACUGGACAUGCAACAGCCCCACCUGCAACUUACAAACCGUUAUUGCAAGCUUUGUCUGCAACUUCUCCAGUUUGUGGACUGCUCCAUCCAGAGGCAGAGUUAUUAGAACUGUUGGAGAAGAUGGCUCAUGGAUUUUCCCCAAGAAAAGACUUAAAUGCUAUGGCUAUUCUCACAAACAAGUGUCCUAUAAUAGCUGACCUCAUUGCAUCGGAGCAAGUUCUUCCUGAAGUACUCUUUCCUGUCCUUUGUGAGCUGCUUCGUCUGGCAGUAGCCCCAUUUGAGCAGUCAACUUCUUCACAAUCUCCUGCUGCUGUUCAGGCUGAGAGAAGCACAGACCACCCACCACCAGACGACUUCGAUGGCAUGUGUUUUUGGCCCCAUUUCCCCCAACAACGGUUAAGGCCAAAAUAUGCAAUGGAUGGCUUGAAGACCACCAGGACCAGUUGCAGGAAGGAUUCCAAAAAUUACGGGAGAAUGACACCUGGAGUAUUUGCUGCUUUCUGUCCCCAUGGAAUCUGUUAUGGUUUCGAAAUUAUGAACCAGUUUGAAUCACCGAAUGUGCCCUUCACUUUGCUCCUCACACGAUUUGAGACACCUCCAAAGAUGAUUGUGUAUGACAACGCCUGUCAUCUUCAUGCCUACUGCCUAAAUCGGGAGCCUGGCAUGUUUAAGAAGACCAAGUUUCUUAUCGACAGACUACACUGGCCCAAUCAUACUGCCUGUUCCGUUGGGUACAAACUAGAUGGGUACUCAAAAUACAAGGCGAUAAACAGCCAAGUUGCCGAACAGAUGAACUCGUCACUCCAGCGCAUCAAGGUUCAGCUGUCAUAUAUGGCUCAAGACAAUUUUUUGUGGCACUGCAGAUUUUUUUUGUGGGGGAAGAACAUGAAAAAACAAAGCGUUCAUUAGAAUAUGAGAAGCAUAUCUGCACUUAAGUGUAUACAUGUUACUUGGUGGUUUUAGAAUCCAAGGGUGGUCAUAAAACCUAUAGGAGAAUGUUUAUUAUAUUGCUGUUUGUUUGUUGUGUUCUAUUGUAUUUUUAUUAGGUGUAAAUAGUCGAAUGGCUUAGACCCCAUUUUUUACAAGAUCGUGAACGACUGGUCCAAAGCACCAACGUGGCAGAUAGAUUGUUAUAGCCCUAGAGAAGAUAUUUUUAAGAAGUGGCACCUGAACAUCUUUUGGGAAGGGUGCCUGAUGUUCAUAAAUCAUCAACACUUGCCAUGUAAUAUGUUUUUUUUUGCCAUGUUUGGGCAUAUUUGUAUUUUUUUUUUUUACUUUUUAAAAAGUAUAUUUUGGUGAUCGUCCUUACACACCCUACUUCAAUUACAUGUAAUGAAGCCCACAAGUGACUGAAUGAUAAUGUAAACAUGGUAAAGAUCUGAAAUGACUUCCAUUAUACUAGUUGGCUGCAUUUACCUCAGUUGUCUCCAGAGAUCAUCAAUUAGUCUUGCCAAAUCUCAGUGUUUAUGAGCUUCAAAUUCACCAAGUCGCUUACUGGCACAGUUACCCUAUUAAGACUUUAUGGGAAAUCAUGUAAACAAUGCUAAUAUUGUUAUAUAUAGCCCAAAAAGCAGAAACAGGGAAAAAAACUAUGUGUCCGUAAAUUAGGCAAAAAGGUAGGUGAAGGGUUGCUUAACAAGGGAAACCUGAACAAGUUCAAGGAAAUUCCCUAAAUUAUUGGUAAGAAAACGUUUUGACGUAGACCUAAUUAUUAAAAACAACAAUAAUGUCUUAUAUUGCGGAUUUCCUAGAACUUGUUCAGGUCUCCCACGUCAGGCAACCCUUCGCCUAAUUUUAGCACUAUUUACGGACACCUGAUUUUUCCCCCUUUCUUGUAGCUAAGUAUCAUGAUACUGUCCUCAAUCAUAUGAUUUAUUUUUGUGAGGGUAACAGUGCCAGUAAAUGACUUUGUGAAUUUGAAGCUUGUAAAUUCAAACUUUUGGCGAGACUUGUUGACGAUAUCCAAGGAAAAAGUGAAUGGGCACAACUUUAGGGUAUAAUAUUAGCCAUUUGGGAUCUUUAUUAUGUCCUCGUAUCAUCCAGUCUGUAGUAUGAUGCAGAAAACGUUAUUUAAGUAAGGAUAUGUACCAGUAAGUGGAAUCCCCAAAACAUACUUUUCACUAUAUGUGUAUUUAUAUACCCAAACAUUGCCAAAUAUGGGAAUAUAUUACACUGCAGGUACUAACCAUUAGCGAUUUAUGCAAUUUAAGCACCAUUCCCAAAAGAAUUUCAGGUGUCACCCCUUCUAAAUAUCUUAUGUUGGGGCUAUAAGAAUAGCCAACUUUAGUGGUUUGAACCAGUUGACACGAUUUCGACCUUAUGCCACCCAACUAAAACGUGUUACACUCGUAACCCUUUGAAAUAUCGAAUUGCACACUCACAAUGUAUACAUUCUCCCUUCAAAAAAAAAAAAAUGAUGCACACUCGGGUCCUCCCUAUGCUUAACCCUAGUCAUGUCGUUGGUUGCGCAAAACUUCUUUUUUUUUAGCAUUUGAUGUUUGGGGGACGCCAAAUCAAAUUGCUUGGUGUGAUGCAUUUUGUUUGCGUGGUUUUCUUUAUUUUUUGUUUGUGUCAGACCUCUGUAUCAUGCCAUUUAUGGAAAGUGAAAAAAAGGAAAAUCAAAAAUCUGACGGUCAGUCUGGGGUGGGGGCUGGCAGUUGCCCCUCUGCUUGAUACAGUUGCUGUUGUUCUUGGGUUUGGCAUCUAAUCCUUUCAUUCCUUGAAGAACAUAUUUUGAGUAUGACAGGAUAAUUUUUCUUGAUAUUAGUUGUAAGUUUUACCAGACCUUUUUUGAACAAUAUGCACUGUUAAUGUCUGAUACAAUAUUUGAACAGCAUGGACUGUUAUUGUCUUGUUGUCCAUAAAGUAUUAUUCUCUUCCAGCACACACAUUUAGAUCAUUGUGAUGUGAUUUGUGAACAUGUAAUGAGGUUU